GCCGUGCGAGAGCUGAACAGCGAGUUGGAGGCUCAACAGGACCACGCGACUGCAAGUGUGGCAACGGCGAUGGCAGCAGUCUUCCGCGUCCAGGAGGGCAAUGUCAAGCUGAAGAGGAUCAAGGGGCAGGUUGCAAAUGACAACUUGAACAUCACGCUUAAGACGGAGGCAGCGGGGCUGCUUGCCUCCACCGUUUGUGCUGCGGCAAACGUGGUGUUUGAUGGUGAAGGGUUCGGUGCUGGGGAGGGCGACUGGUUGGGAUGUGCAAAGUGUACGGCACAAAUGUUGGCUCUUGCCACCAUGGACAAAACUCACGGUCCUGUGAACCAGACCAGCGUGGCGCAGGUGUCGGGCGUGACUGACUGUUCCGACGAGUUUCUUGGAUAA